ACCAAACACUAAACCACGCUUUGAUAACGCAACUUCUGACGUGGCUGUAUUUUUUUCUUAUUGAGUACCGUACCUGUAAUAUCGAGGUUCACAAACUUCUAUGCACGGAUGUUAACAUUACACCGACCACAGUACGUGAAUCAGUUAUUUUUCCACCAGUUCGUGCAAAGCUGUAGAAAUGACUACGACGACAGAAGAUAACCAACCUAGCCAUACAAACAAAUGGAUUUCAAAAGUAGUGUUUGCCACAUUCCUGUUGCUUAUACUUUUAAACUUGCCAGCGCUUUGUCAGGCCCAUAGUGAUGACGAGUCACCAAGUUUCAAAUACUCUAAGCACGCUAAUGAAGUGUAUCAGCAAAAGGAACAUUCUGUGGAGGAACAUCAUCACGAAGAACUGAAUUUGAAUCAACAUAAACAUGUGCACAAUGAACAUGAUCAUCGACAGAAGUUGCCUUUGUCUGACAAAACACAGGACAAUGUGCUUUUCAAAGCUAUUACAUCAACUCUAUUUAUAUCAGCAGCUCCAUUUUUUAUUUUAUUUUUUGUUCCUUUACAUUUGAUACCUCAUGCUUUGGUUCCUCACUCACACGACCAUUCAGAUAUUCAUGACAAUGAAGAACCCCAUCACUCGCACGAUAUGUCUGUUGGUUUAUGUGUAUUAUUUGGUAUAAUCACGUUUCUAGUUAUGGAGAAAGCAGUAAGGCUUAUAAAAACUGAUCAUACUCACUUGCAUGUGCAUAGUGUCACAGAGAAUGUAUCUAAACAAAAGAAAAAUGAUGAUAAUUUGAAGGAAAGUUCAGAUGAAACUGAUAUAACUUCUAAGGAUGAUCAGAAUGAAAUUAAAAUUGCUGGGUAUUUAAACCUGGCUGCAGAUUUUUUACAUAAUUUUACAGAUGGCCUUGCUAUUGGGGCCAGUUAUUUAGCUGGCAUUGGCUUUAUUACCACUUUGACAAUUUUGUUACAUGAAGUACCUCAUGAAAUAGGAGACUUUGCUAUUUUAAUACAAAGUGGUUACAGUAAGAAACAAGCCAUGAUGCUUCAACUUACUACUGCAAUAGGUGCUUUAUUAGGAACCUGUGUAUCUUUACUUGCGGAGGGCAUGGGCGAUCUUGCAACUAUGUGGAUUCUUCCAUUCACAGCUGGUGGAUUUAUUUAUAUUGCAACAGUGUCUGUAAUACCAGAACUUUUAUCUGAUACUAAAUUUGGACAGUCUGUAAAAGAAAUCAUUGCACUUCUCUUAGGUGUAUAUAUGAUGGUACUCAUAGCAGAAUAUGAAUAGAAUCAUACAAUACUUUUCCUUGUCAAUAUAUUGUGAUCACUUACUAAGAAUCUAUCUUGACUGCUAUAACAAUAUCCCAAAAUUAGAAGGCUGUAUUGUAUUUUUACAAGGCAACAAUUGUGUUCGUUGAUGGAUGAUAAUAGUGACAAUUAUAAUAUGUUGUAUGAUAUGAA